CAUUCUACAAGAUGGCGUCGAGUGGGGUGAGGGCGCCCAGUUGGCCAGGUGCUGCCGCCGCGUCGAGUUCGGAGCUAUAGCUAACUAAAUACGCGGAGUUGUACAUUUAGAACGUUCACAAUGGCUACCGCGAAAGACACGUCUACUUUCUUCCUUGAGGGUGAUUCUAAACAGUUUGAUAGUGUUUUAAAGUUAUAUCCACAAGCAAUUAAGAUAAAGGCAGAGCAGAAAACAAAAAAACCCGAGGAACUGAUAAAAUUGGACAACUGGUACCAGAAUGAGCUGCCCAAGAAGAUCAAGUCGAGGGGAAAAGACGCGCAUAUGGUGCACGAAGAAUUGGUGCAACUCAUGAAGUGGAAACAAGCGAGAGGGAAGUUCUACCCACAACUGUCGUACUUAAUAAAAGUGAACACACCCCGAGCAGUCAUGGCGGAGACCAAGAAAGCGUUCAAGAAGUUGCCCAACAUCGAGUCAGCCAUGACAGCCCUAAGUAACCUCAAGGGGGUGGGCACGGCCACGGCGUCCGCCCUGCUAGCCGCCGCCAGCCCCGAGAUAGCCCCCUUCAUGGCGGACGAGUGUGUACAAGCAAUACCAGAGAUGGAGGGAAGCGACUACACUGCCAAGGAAUACCUCAAUUUUGUAAACCACAUUAAGAGUGUCUGUGAUAGGUUAAAUAAGGAACAAAACGGGUGCGGCGACAACAAAUGGUCCCCCCACAAUGUGGAGCUAGCUCUGUGGACACACAACAUCCUGUCGGACCUUCAGCCCGAGCUGCUGGGACAGUCCCCGCUGCUGAGCCAGUCGCCGAUUGUGCCCACCAACGGGGGGUCACCGCUGCCGAGUGAUGAAAGCAAUCUCGAACCACCCACGGCUAAUGGGAAUGGCAAGAUAGCGGAGUCAGUGCUCGAAGACACGCCGACGUCGUGCACAGAGGACUCGCUGGACAAGGCGGCGUCGCCCGCCACGCCGCCCUCGCCCUCCGACAACAGUGACUCCGCGCUUAGCACGCCACGGACCAAACGAGCACUAGAAGAGGCGAGCUCAGCGGACGAGAACUCGCUGGACACGGCGCCGCCGGCCGCGCCCGUGGCCAAGAAGCUGCGGGAGGCCACCCACUGACCGCCCGCCCACCGCCACAUAGCUUCUAGACUCAAACAUAUUGUACCUAGCUAAUUUAUUUCCAAUUCCGAUUAAUUUUAACUUAGCCUUAAGUUUAAAUACCGAACGGUUUUGUAAGUUUUAUAGGGUAUUAAUUAUUAAAUAUUAAUAAUAAUGAAUAUUUUGGAUGCGGAAGAAUGAGAUUGUACAAUAUAUCGAUGUGAGUGUAUACCGGCUAUGGAGCCUUAAGCUCUCGCGAGCGACGCCUCGGCGGGGGGUCUGUGGCGCCUGGACUACAGCGGCACGAGAACCGGGGUUCCAUCGGCCACCUUUAGUUUUAGACGUUUAACACUUGUGACAUAAAGUUGUACUUCAUUUGACAUAUUCGGGUUAGCCGAUGUUCGCCGAUGGGGCCUUGGCUUCAAGUGGAACUAUCCUAUCGCUGCGGCGCCGCCGACCCGCCGCCGAGGCGCCGCGCGCGCUCCAGCCAUUAGUUUUGUUUGUAAUAAGUUUUGAUGUUUGAAGUUCGCAUCCCGCGUGACAUUCCAGUAAUUGUAACAAGUGGAGAUCCGGAUCUGUCGAUGCCUCACUCACACCAUUGCCUUAUGAAACAGUCUGCCGCAGAGUUUAUAUGCAACAAGAUAAUACAAAGGUCGUGUUACCCGGGCCCCGGGACACGGGCCCACAAUGUAGUUUUUAUUGAACAAAUAUAAGAUAUUAAUUUUAUAA